AGUCUUUCUUGAACCAAAUACCUAAGCACAGGCUGAAGUGACCACACGCACCUGGGCAGACCCUCUGUCAGCGGGUUUUCCCUCCUGGUAGUCCAAGAAGGGCAGCUUCAGAGACCCAAGCGUUUGCUCGAACCUCCACGACAUUGGGAAAAUGUUUUUUAGACUCCCAAGACUCACUCCAGGCUACAUCAGAUUACUGCAGACCCAAGCCUACCAUAAUGUGUAUGUGGUGCGUCCACCGGAGAAGACCAUGCCUGGCCUGGCUAUGCUCUUAGGGGCCGUGGGGAUCGGGAUGUGCGGUUACAGCUCCAGGCAGUUGGCUCUCUACCACCGACCUUCCAGCCGUGUGCUGCAGUGGGUUGGAUCACACACUGACGCUACAAUGGCGGGCACUGCUGCCUACAGGACCCCCUUCCUGGAUGCUACCCGCAGGGCUGGAGCUUGCCAGGAGAUCACCCCUCCCUCAUUUGUUGGCCAGAAGUUUGUUUGAAGCAAGAUUGGUCGGCCACAGAUUUAUUCUCAGUAACCACACUUGUGCAUGUUGAAGAUUGUAGCUAUGCUGGCCCAUUGUGUAAAUGAGGCCCAUGUGCUCUCUAAUGACACGUAAGUGUGGGGACUUGGAUGAGUCAAUCUGUGUGUUGACAGGAAAUUGGAUAUGAUACUAGUUUUGUAGCUUCAGCAAUAUGGUGGAAAUAAUGUUACAAUCUCUGACAAGAGUGUGUUAUUUAUUGCCAUUGCCGUGUAAGCACUGUCAUUGCUCAAUAUAGCCUGAUUAUGUUUACCGUAGAGCCAGUUUGUCAUUUGGAUGAUGCAAAAAGGGACUGCUUGGUAGGGGUCAUUUAUGCGCAGAUGGUUUGCAAAACUCUCAGUAGCCACACUUCCCCAAGAAGACCCAAAGUAUUAAAGCUACCCAUCCCAUGCUGAAUACCUCUGGGCUGUCUAUUAAGGACAGCGUGGAAUUUGUUGGUUGGCUUUGUAACCCAAUUAGUAACCUAUUCUUGGUGUCUAGAUCUGGAUGGUGAUGAUGCAUCCAUUAGUUUUUUCUGGAUUACAUAAUAGUGACAUGCAAUGAUUCUUAAACCUGCAUUUCCCUUAUAGAGAUUAACCCAGGUGGCAAACCACAAAACCGUUAAUUUGGUUUAAAGCGUAUCUCUUAAGAGAGAGACAGUCCCUGUGCAUCCAAACAUUGUACCUUUCUCCCUGCAAUGUCCACCAUUUGUGUCACUGCCAUGGGGAUUUCAAUGAUGUUGCAUUGGUGUUUCCGUUUUGUGAUCACACCAAAAAAAUGUAGCAGUUCAUAAGACGGGGUGUGAACUGUGGCGAGGCAUUGAGCGUGGUUGAGGAAGUGUGCUGUGCCUUAGGGAGAGCACAGGGUCUGUCGAAUUAAUUUGAGAAAAUGAUUUCUUCAUGGGUAGGACCACAGGCUGUAGGGAUCAUUGUUACAGACACUCCUGUCUGACCAAACUAACCAGUAACUAGUCGUGAUAGUUGGGGGACAAUCUCAGGCUUCCUGAAGUCAAAACCGAGUAAGGCACAAGACCAUAAUCCAAUCAGAUUUGGAUGUUGAAAAACUGGAAAGAGACGACCUGUAACAAGUUUACAACAGUUAGUCUCCAAGCAACAGGUUCAUUUGUGAGGAAACAGAGGAUGCAUCUAUGUCCUUGCAUUCAAGUCUGACAGUUUUUUAUUGAAUGGUCACAGAACUUCCUUCAUGUUGAGCAAGUGCUCUUCCAUAGGAGUGUAGUCAGCAUGGGAUGGGUUGCAGGUUACGUAAUGCACCUGGCUGUUUGAUUCUGCCAGAUUUGUUUGUUGGCUCUGAAUUAACCUAUUGAUCUCAACCUUUACAGUCAGAGAGAGGGAGACCAUGGGCGACGCCUCUAUGCAGCAAACUGUUUCACCCCCAUGCUCCUCUGUUUAUGAGGGAUUACUGUUAAGUGCACAGAAAAAAGGAAUAUCUAGACACUUUAGAAAAUGAUCUUCUCUAUUGCUAAUAUGUAUGACUUGUCACAAAGUUGACUCCAGCUGUACCCAUUACAUAAUAAAUACAAUUGUGAUGUCAGUAUAUGUGAAAUAAAAAAAAAUCCAGCAAACUUCC